UUUCAUUUUCAAAUUUACUUUUGGGGGAUUCGAUCAGAUUUGCGUUGAGUAGAUAUGGCUAAGUCGAAGAACCACACCGCUCACAAUCAGUCUUACAAGGCUCACAAGAAUGGAAUCAAGAAGCCCAAGAGGCAUCGCCAUACUUCCACCAAAGGGAUGGAUCCAAAGUUCUUGAGGAACCAGAGGUAUGCGAGGAAACACAACAAGAAGAAUGGAGAGUCUGCCACUGAGGAAGAGUAAAUCUUUAAUGGAAAAUGGUAUUAGCUUUGAUUAGGGUUAUCUAAUUAGGGAUGUUUCUCUUUCUUCUUUGGAAUUUAGUGUUUACUGAGCUUUAGUAGUGAUAUUUCUUUUUAUUUUUGGGAUUGUUACUUGGAAAAA